CAUGGCGGCGGAGGAUGGAGAAAAUGGCGGCGAUGAGAAGUGAGGAAAGGGAGCCGCCUCAGGACCUGAGGCCCAGCGACGCCAUCUGUAGUUUGGUCAUCUGCAAUGAGUCAUCCCUCCGAGGCCAGCCCAUCAUCUGCAACCCCGACUUCUUCGUGGAGAAGCUCCGGCACGAGAAACCGGAGACGUUCACCGAGCUGGUGGUCAGCAACAUCACCAGGCUGAUUGACCUCCCCGGAACCGAGCUGGCCCAGUUGAUGGGGGAGGUGGACCUCAAGUUACCCAGCGGCCCCGGCAGUACCUCGGGCUUCUUCCGCUCCCUCAUGUCUCUCAAACGCAAAGAUAAAGGAGUAGUGUUUGGGUCCCCACUGACAGAGGAAGGCAUUGCGCAAAUCUACCAGCUAAUCGAAUAUCUGCACAAAAACUUGCGAGUAGAAGGCCUGUUUCGAGUCCCAGGGAAUAGCGUCAGGCAGCAGGCCCUAAAGGAUGCGCUCAACAGCGGGACCGACAUCGAUCUGGAAUCGGGAGAGUUUCACUCCAACGACGUGGCCACCCUGCUGAAGAUGUUCCUAGGCGAGCUCCCGGAGCCCCUGCUGACGCACAAGCAUUUUCACGCCCACCUGAAAAUCGCCGAUUUGAUGCAGUUUGAUGAUAAGGGGAACAAGACCAGCACCCCAGAUAAAGAGCGGCAAAUUGAGGCCCUGCAACUGCUUUUCCUGAUCCUCCCGCCACCCAACCGUAACCUGCUCAAGCUGCUGCUCGACCUCCUCUACCAGACAGCAAAGAAACAAGACAAGAACAAGAUGUCAGCCCACAAUCUGGCCCUUAUGUUUGCUCCCCACAUCCUGUGGCCAAAGAAUGUUACUGCCAAUGACCUGCAGGAGAAUAUUACCAAGCUAAAUAAUGGGAUGACCUUUAUGAUCAAGCAUUCCCAGAAACUUUUCAAGGCUCCUGCUUACGUUCGGGAAUGUGCCAGGUUGCACUAUCUGGGCUCCAGAACACACGCUUCAAAGGAUGAUCUCGACUUGCCAGCCGCGGGCGCGCCCAAGGAGUUACAGCUCCUGAGGACUCAGAAACGGAAUCGGGUGGACUCCUGCUCCCACCAGGAGGAGACCCAGCAACGCACAGAAGACGCGUUAAAGGAGCUGUUCCGGCACGUGCACAGCAUGCCCGACUCAGCGAAGAAGAAGAAACUCAUCCGACAGUUUAAUAAACACACCACAGCUCAAACCCCCGUGGCAGAAGCGUCUACUCCUCAGGUUCAGAAGCGAGCCCGCUCCCGUUCUUUCAGUGGACUGAUAAAGCGGAAGGUGCUGGGGAAUCAGGUGACGUUGGAGAAGAAAAACAGUUGCUCCAGUCCAGAGUCUCCAACAGUCGAUCAAAGGAAUAGAUCGAGCAAAGAAAAUGUGAACUUGGUGUCGUCUGGGUCCUCAGCAGUGAAAAUGACUCAAUCAAGAUUGAAAUCUUCUGUGGAAAAGAAAGAGGGCCGAAGAGGAAUCCUGUAAGGAUGAGAAGUUUCCUGUUUUCCACGCAGGAAUCUCUCCUUUCGAGCAGCCAGGAGGUAGCCAGCAUGCACGCUUCAGAGCAUGAUCAUCCACCCUGCCUGCCGUCACUUAAACUGUGAGAGCCGACUAAUGCUACUUCGAAUCGCCUGCUACCUCUAACCCUACUCACUGGACCUUAGUUUGGAAACUGUGCCUUCGAAGAUCAUAUUUGCGGACUCUGAUCGUUUCGGCUUCAUUUUUGUCUUGCUAAUUUGGGGAAACCACUAUCUAACCGCCAGCGUUUCAUCCAGUUGAGCUGUUGGAACAAAGCAGGCUCCAGAACUCUUUCAACAUGUCUGGUUCAGUCAGAGUAUUAUUGUUAAUAUUAUUAUUUUUAAUAUCUGAUAUUUGCCUUCAGCGCCCAUUGUGGGGUUUUUUUUUUUUUAAUUUUUGAAUAAUCCUAAGAACUGUCUGUGGAGACUGGCAGAUUUAUUUUUAUAUUGGUGGGUUUUUUCGCUUUUCUUUGUUGCGGUUCUAAUAUGUUCACUUCUUCUUUUAACCCAUUUUCUGCCUUCAACAACCGCAGGGUCAUAGCAAGAUGAUCUAAAGACUCAGCCAUCUUUUCCCAUCCAAAAUGUCCCAAGAUUUCUCGUAUCUUCAAGAGGAAUCCUCCCAAGAUUAGAAAAAGUCUUUGUGUCUUGGGAUCCCAUUCUUCCAAGAUUCAAGAUACGAGAUUUACAGAUCUGAAAUAUUCUCUUGGUUUCGUGAGAUGGUAUAGGGUAGGUGUCUGAGUUGCUGCUUUGAGAAAGAAACAUACCAUGUAAGCUUGCCAUUACAUUGACAGAUAUUUCAGUGA